AUGAGUUUCCAGGACAUUGAAACUGGUCUUGCACGUCCGGGACAGUCGAGUUCGACAGCACUUCAGCCGCGUGAAGAGUCUGCGUUUCUCUCCUUGCAAUCUUCCCUUUCACUCCAGGUGUUCAAGAUAAAUUCGAAUGUACAGGGUAUUCUCAAGCUGGUCGACCAACUUGGCACUACAAAGGACUCUGCCACGCUUAGGAAGUCAUUACAUGAUCUCACUGAAACGACGAGGGCUAUGGCCAAGCGAGGCUCUGAGGACUUGAAGAAGAUUGCCUCGACAGCUACAGCGAGCCCUCAACAUAAGACCUCAGUUCAGAAGAUAUCACAUGACUUACAGCUGUCUUUGGUGGCAUUUCAAAGAGCGCAGCAAGUUAGCGCAGAGCGCCAGAGAACGGUGGUGGAAGGGGUGAAAAUAGCGGUAGAAGACGAGCACUAUGAUAAUGCGCUGCGCCAACGAGAGCCGAGCGCGUCUCCCCGACUACGUCAGGCUCAACUUCUUCAGUCACAGCUUUCUCCGCACGAACUUGCGUACCAAGAGUCUUUGAUUCAAGAACGAGAAGAGGAAAUUCAAGAGAUCGAGUCUGGUAUACAUGAACUAUCGGAGAUCUUCCGCGACCUUGGGACACUCGUCAACCAACAAGGUGGCAUGCUUGACAACAUCGAAUCAAACGUGUAUUCCAUCGCUGUAGAUACCCAGGGGGCAGCCGAGGAGCUCUCGACUGCUUCUGAGUACCAACGCAAAGCUGGGCGACGUGCGGCAUGUCUCAUGAUUAUCCUCGUCAUCGUCGUUGCAGUUGUGCUUCUGGCUAUUUUGUCAUAG